CUUUCUUCCCCAAUAAUGGUAAUCUGAACAGUGCCACAGAAAAACCAGUAUUUUAUUUUAUUUAAGAAAAAAGAUUAUUUCAAAAUAGCAAUUGGAUGCGACUGUGACUGAUGAGAGAGUCUCUCUCUUUCUUCUUCGAACGGAAUUCCGAAAGUCCGUGUUCUUCUCCUUACUUCCCCCUAAAAAAGGAAAAAUCCGUGUUCUUUGCAAAGUUUUCACUUUUGGAUCCUUGUGUUCUUUGCAAAAAGCUUCAACUUCUCAGUUUUUGGGGUUUUUCUGUUUGGCUUCCGAGAAAAUCCAGCCUCAAGUUUUGUGCUUUACUGUUCUCAGGAUUUGGUAUGCAAGUGAGUGAUUUUCGUUGUUAAGAUGUUUCGGUAGCCUCUGAAUUAUCUGCAUUGCAAGUAUUAGUACCUGGUAUGGGGUGCACAUUUCAAUUUCCUAAGCUAUGCAAUAUAGAAUCCCGGAGCCGCAGGUGGCUUUUACUUUUGGGGGUACUGUCUGUUACUUAUUUAGCAUUUCAGUCGCUGUUGCUUCCCUAUGGAAUCGCUCUUCGGUCUCUAUUGCCACAGAGUAAGGAUACAUUGCAAGUCAAAGGUAGCGUCCUCGCUGUUCAUUCUUCUGCCAAGUCCAUGAUGGUUCGCAAUCCUCUAACGGUAAAUACUUCAGAUUCAAUUGAUGUUUCUAUGUUUGGAGGAGAAAUUAGGCAGGGUACUGAACCAACGGGAAAGGAUGUAUAUAAGGAAAUUGAUUUAAUGUUAGAAGAAAAAGAAAUAGACAAUAAUUUUGAAAGUGACGUUGAUCGAAAUGUAGAUGAUGAUUUUCCGUCUGAGAAUGUUGUAGUCAUAAAUGAAAGUCUAGCAUUAGUCAGCAUUAAGAAUCGAGAAAAUGUUACUGUUUUGGACAAGGCUGAUGAAACUAGGUAUGGCUUCCAUUUGGAGAAGAUUGUGUUACCGAACUCUGAAAUUACUAGCGUGGGUGCUUCAAAAGAAAAUUCAACCGUGACAGCGAAAAAAUUUGAUACUGCUUUUCCAUCGUCUCCAGUCAUUUUACCUGCAGUGAAUUUGUUAGAAAAUAGAAGCACUUCUGUUGGUUCUAUUCCUUGAAAAGGGUUGUUGUGGCUUCAAAAAAUGGUUUAGUGAUGGCCAGACCUGGAAAGAAGAAGAUGAAGAGUGAUUUGCCACCAAAGUCGAUAACAUCAAUAUCUGAGAUGAAUCGUAUACUAGUGCGGAAGCGUGUUUCUUCUGAUUCACCAAAACCACGAUGGCCCUCUGUACGUGACCAGGAGAUUCUAGCUGCGAAGUCACGGAUCGAGCGUCCUCCUAUUGCAAUAAAUGAUCCAGAACUUUAUGCUCCUCUCUUUAGAAAUGUUUCCAUGUUUAAAAGGAGUUAUGAACUUAUGGAACGCACACUGAAAAUAUAUAUCUACAAGGAGGGAAAAAAGCCGAUCUUUCAUCAACCAAUACUCAAGGGAUUAUAUGCUUCAGAAGGAUGGUUCAUGAAACUGAUGAAGGGAUAUAAGCGCUUUCUUGUGAAGGAUCCACGCAAGGCUCAUCUGUUUUAUAUGCCAUUUAGUUCGCGGAUGCUAGAGUACGCUCUAUACGUACGGAACUCUCACAACCGUACAAACCUACGCCAAUUUCUGAAGGAAUAUUCUGAAACAAUUGCAGCAAAGUAUCCUUAUUUUAACAGAACUGGUGGGGCAGAUCAUUUUCUUGUUGCUUGUCAUGACUGGGCUCCAUAUGAAACAAGGCACCACAUGGAACUCUGCAUCAAGGCGCUUUGCAAUGCUGAUCUAACUUCUGGCUUCAAAAUAGGAAGGGAUGUGUCUCUUCCAGAAACAUAUGUUCGUUCAGCAAGAAAUCCCCUUAGAGAUCUUGGAGGCAAACCUCCUUCUCGGAGGGAGAUUCUUGCCUUUUAUGCUGGAAAUAUGCAUGGCUACUUACGUCCAAUUCUGCUGGAGCACUGGAAGGACAAAGACCCCGAUAUGAAGAUCUUUGGUCCAAUGCCUCCUGGUGUUGCAAGCAAAAUGAAUUACAUCCACCACAUGCAGGACAGCAAAUACUGUAUAUGCCCCAAGGGUUUCGAGGUCAACAGCCCGCGAGUGGUUGAAGCAAUAUUUUACGAGUGUGUACCUGUGAUCAUAUCUGACAACUUUGUGCUGCCAUUUUUCGAGGUUUUGGAUUGGGGGGCAUUCUCUGUAAUUCUCGCAGAGAAAGACAUUCCAAAGUUGAAAGAGAUACUUGUUUCGAUACCAGAAGAGAAGUAUCUUCAGCUGCAACUAGGGGUCAGGAAGAUUCAAAAACAUUUUCUGUGGCAUCCUAAACCCCUCAAGUAUGAUCUCUUCCACAUGACACUUCAUUCGAUUUGGUACAACCGAGUUUUUCAGAUAAAACUCCGGUAAGUUUUGCUGAAUUUUCCCAACAAGCAGAGGUGGAGAUGCUAGCUCAUGAAAUAGAAAUGAGGCGGUUUCCGGUCGCUUUUUAUUCUCCCUGUGAUGUUGUAGAAAUAGUCUGUUUAAAUGCUACACCAAGAAAUAACUGUGAGUAAAGUUUUUCUUCUGUUUUGCCAGUUUCA